UCAUAUUCUAAACAUGGCGGACCACUCCCACAAGUGCGCGUGAAGAUCGCCUCCACUUCCUGAUUCUGUCAACCUUUGCACUUCCAGUGGAUUAAAAUAAAAUUUCCCGCAAACCUGUCAAGGCACGUUCCUGAGAGUCCGUGCGGCUACUUUGGUGACCAAAAUGAGCAUCAUGGAGACCAUUUCGCCGGAACUUUCAGACUCAGUGCUGAACUGUCUUGGGGAACGUUUCCACCAUGGCCCCAUGAAGAUAGUGCGAAUGGAGACAAAGGGGGAGAAACUGGACACCAAAAUAUUGGCCCUGUCAAAGUACAGAGCAUUCAUCCUGUCGUUCAAGAUUCCAACAAAGUUGGAGCAUGAGUUCCAUUACUUGGAAAUUCAUCAAUUAGAAAGUCUCAAGCCACUCCAGCUCAAGAUCCAUGUCUCCUUGAAGAAGGAUUCCCUGUCCAAGACUGUCUACAAUCUCUCAGUAGACUCUUCGGAAGAUGUAGACACCAUUAUUGAGAUAAUCACCUUGGAGAUCAAGAAGUGUUUCCCUAAUGUCUUCCCAGCGGAGAGUAUAAUUCCAAGGAUAACCACCUCCCCAGAAAGCCGCAUGACCAGUCUCAACAUGAAACUGGAGGAGACCUUCCCAGAUGCUGGUCCGUGCGGGGGAUUCACACAGAUGUAUGCAUGCAUGUGUGACUUGCAUCAAGAAGCCUACAUGCCGGAGGUGGCUUGGGAUGUGGACACAAUCUACUUGUCUCAUGACUCCAAGGAGCUGUGUCUCAAUGAUUUUGACCAUUUAAGCAAUAGAGACCUUGUUCCGAUCAUUGCAGCUUUAAUCCACAACAACUGGUUCUCCAAACUGUCUUUCAGAAAUGCCUCCAAGCUGAGUGCUGAUGCAACGCGAGAAAUCAACAAGGUGCUACAGAAAUCAUCAUGUCUCGAACAACUCAUUCUGGAAAAUGUGGGACUCAAAUGGUCUUUCACACAAGACAUGUGCACAGCUGUGCUGGCCAAUCGAAACACAGCACUCCGACACAUCAACUUGUCCAACAACUCUCUGGACGACCGUGGAAUACGCUACCUGUCCAGCCUGUUGACAAAAUUACCCAAUGGCUUAGUGGAGCUCAACCUUGCCAAGACAGGACUUACAGCCGAGGGAACUCUUCACCUGGGUAAAGCACUGGUGCAGAACAACUUCAUGUCCACCUCUCUAGUCAAGCUGGAUGUGUCUGGAAAUGUGUUCAAGGAUGGAGACAUCAGUAAUUUGACCGGAUUCCUGGCCCAGCCUAACUCAUUGACGCACAUCAACAUGGCCGACACCGAGUGUGCCCUAGACAAUGUGUUUGUCGCCCUCUUCAGGGGAUGCUGUGCCAACUUGUCUCACCUCAACCUUGCAGGCAAUACAUUCACAUACAGGAAGGGGAAGGACGUGCCCAUCCAGGUCUCUUUCAAGCAGUUCUUUGGUACCACCACCAAGCUCAAGUACCUGAACCUUUCCAGGAACAAGCUGCCUUCCGAAGUGGUCAAAGAGGUGCUCAUGGGCAUCGGAGGCAAUGAUAAUCUGCGAGAUGUGGAACUAGACCUCAGCUGCAAUGAGCUGAAGACAGAAGGUGGUCAGGUUGUAGCUGGAAGCAUCGCAUAUGUCAACAACAUCACCACCUUGAACCUGAGCGACAAUGACCUCAAUCUAGAGCUAGUCCGACUCAUUGAUUGGAUAGGCCAAAAUAGGUCCCUCCAAUCACUGGACAUCAGCAAGAAUAUGGGCGGGCUCAAAUACAAGCAACUCCUAAAGGUGUUGGAUACCAUUGUACAAGUUGUCCAGAAUGAGGGAUUGUCCCUGCACACCUUGUCACUGGCUGACAACAAGAUGAAGUUUGAGACAAUCCAGAUCAUUAAUGCCUUGGGAAGUAAUACCACACUGACCAGCAUUGACAUCAGUGGUAACGGCAUGGGUGAUAUUGGUGCCCGUAUGUUGGCCAAGGCUCUUCAGCUGAACACCAAGCUACAUACCGUCAAGCUGGAUGGUAACGGCAUCACAGCAGUCGGCUUCACUGAUCUUGCCAAUGCUCUGGAAAAGAACUACACACUGAAAUAUAUGCCAACCCCAGUCAAUGAUGUCAGUGCGGCCUUGAAAUCCCAGCCUGAGAAGACCUCCGCCUCCCUGCAGAAGAUCCAGAACCUUCUGCAAAGGAACCACAGUCAGCAUAAGUUCCAGGAUGAGCAGGCCUUCAGGCUACAGCAGGGAUUCUUGUAUACCACAUCACACCAGAUGGUAGACAAGUUGGUAGUACAAAUCCAAGAUGCCAUCAAGGGCUUGAUUGACUGCAGUGAGGAUGACAUACAGGCAGAUAUCAAUAAGGCACAGGAUUACAUCCUAGAUGCAGACAACUCCAAGCUGUUGCUGGCUGCCCUCCAGCAGGUAGCCCUGAAUGCAGAGUCAAGCAGUCUGAAGCUGAAACUGGGCGAGAUGGCCAGCGACUUGAGAGGCAUCGUCGAGGCACAAUUGGAGGCAAGUGCAACUGGCAUGAUAGAUACAGCCAACGAGCAGUGCAGUAACGUCAUGCUGAACAGCACCCUCAAGGAGAGCUUGGAAACCAUGUGUCAGGAGCAGACCAAAAUACCGCCCCGAUUCCUGCAAGAUGUCGUAGAGCAAGUUGGGGCAGCCGUCUCCAACAGAAUGGGAGAGGCCCAUUUGGCAAUGGCUAGCCACAUCUCAGACACCCUCAUUGAUGAAAUUAUGGAGCAACUCACCGGGAGCUAUCAGAAGUUGUCAGAUCAGCUGCUUGAUUAUCGGGAGAGAAAAGGAUCUGUUCUAUUCAACGGCAUGGGAAUGGAGAUGAAUGACAAGGAUGCUGGAAAUGAGAAGGAUGAAUAUGCCAAGAAGGAGGAUGGAGAUGUAGCUGGAGAAGAGGAAGCCAAGAGUCCGGAGGCUGUGUUGCCAGCAGGCCAACUGGCCAGCCAGAGAAUGUCACGCUACCAGAAACGUGAGAUGGGCCGCAGUGAGUCCGUCCGGUUCAAGGACACAGAGGCUGGCCAACAGAGGAGAAUAGGCAAAGUGCGCCCUCGAUCUGUUAUUAUGAAAGAUUUUGAACUUACUGUGGUGGAGAUGGAUGACACGGAUUCCGGGGACAAGCUUGAGAAUGACCAGACAGACUCUUUGGCGGUCUCGAAGCCUCCUUUGAGUCCCACCAAGCCCAAGUCCCCGGUCCCCAAGGUGGACAAGAAGACAGCCAAGAAAGCCGCUGCAGACACCAAAGCCCUGGACGAGGCCAUCCAGGCAACAGAGACUCUGAGUGAUGUCAGGAAGAACCGUGUCAGGCCGCCCCGGCAACGGCCCACCCGGCCAUCCAAUCAGCCACAGAAGAGCACACCUAGUCUUGACGGGCCCAGCACUGCCCCUGCGGUGGACACAGGAAUCAGUGAUUUCUUUGCAGCAGAACUCAAUGUUGUCAAGCCAUCCAAACUACAAAGCCAAGUCAGCUCAGUUGGUCCAGUUCAAAACAGCACUGAAUCAACAGAACUCAAGCCCAAGAAGAAGAGGCUCUUCCAAAAGAAAGACAAAAAGGAUGAGGAAAAAUCUAAGAAAGAGGAAAAGAAAGAGGAGUCAGGAAAGGGGAAGAAGUUUGGUUUCAAGGGGAUCUUCAAGAGGAAGCAUUCCUUGCCAAAUUCUGAGGAACAGGAACAGGUAACGGAGCCAGACACUAGACAGGGUAGCCAUCCACGUCCGACCAAUGAGGUAUCGGCAGAGCCCACUGUUACUAAAGAAGAAAGCAAGAAACCUGAUAAAGAGCCAUCACCAAAGGUGGUUGAGAAGAAGCCACUAUGCUUGCCAACCAACAAGCGAUCCCUAAAGAGUGCCACCAGCCCUUCCAAGGAACCACAGCCAGGGGCUGAAACCAAAGCCCCUGAGCCAGAGGAGGAGGCCAAGAUAAAUGAUACCAAGGAGGAAGCAGAGGCUAUCCAAGGAGAGACUGCAAGUCAAAAGGAGGUGGAAGUAAGAGGAGAAGCAAGUGAUCAGACCCAAGAUACUGAUCAGAAGCAAGAGGAGAAAGUGGAGGAGAAGGUGGAGGAGAAGGAGAAGGAAAGAGAUAGUAGAGAGGAGGCUGGACCAGAAGAAGUGAAGGAGAAAGAGAAGAACGAGGAAGAGAAGAAGCCUGUGCCUGAGGUCAGGAAGCCAGGCUUGGUAGGGGCUCAGAUGCUGGGUGGCACUAACAUGCUCUUGGAGAUGAAACGUAAGCAGGAGAAGAAGGCUGCUGAUCGAGCAAGCAGGGAGCUACUGGAGAGUCAGGUGCCCAAAAUUGAGGACCAACCAAAAGAAAAGGCAGACACAAGUCCAGUUGCCGCCGAUUCUUCUGAGAAGCCCGUUUCAAGCAUCAAGCUGCCCCUCCCUAGGGUGACAACUUCGGGACCUACCUCCCCAACUAGUGGAAUCAAAUCCCCAACAACUCCUCCCAAGGUUUCUCCUGUGAAGCCGACCCUGACACCGAGGGUGAAGUCGCCAAUUGAGAAGGCCCCUUUGAACCAGCUGCCUUUAGAGGCAAAUGAGACCAAAGCUCCCCACCAGAACUCCAAAGAGAAUGCUGUCAAAAGCACUGGAGAACGUCCAUUGACAGAGGCAUCUGUGAAUGAGAAACCCAAGCUUGAUAAGGAAAAACCAACAAUAAAGAAACGACCCCUGUCUGGGAAAAGUGAUGCCCCACCAGGGCCCACUGCUACCUCACCUCCGACCACGCCGGAAAUGCCUUCAAAAUCAGAGGCAAGCGUCAAACCUUCAGAUAUCUUGAAGAGGAACUCGACUGAGGUGAAAGCUAGGCUUCAGGAGCAUCCAGCAAGUCCUGAUUUGAAACCAGAUGGAGCAGAAGCCUCAAAACCACCCUCAAGACCUAGCUCUCUCAGUGAAGACAAACAUUUGGAUUCCAGUGCUGCAAAGCCUAGCACAGCAUCAGUGUCACCAAGACCUAAGCCAAGACCAGCAAAGCGACCCGUUUCCAUUGCUCCAGGUGUGGCAAAGAAACCUGAAAAUGCAGAUCUAAGAAAGGCAAGUGCCCCUGCUGUAAGUGUGACUCUCUCCCCAUCCAAUCCAGACACCAAGCGUCUUGAGACUCCACCAGACAAGCCACCACUGAAGUCCCUCUCCUUAAACAAGGACAAACCCCCUCCAACUGUUGCCAGCAAGCCACGGUCCAGGUCCUUAGAUCCAGUCGUGUCAACAAAAGCUGCUCCCAAGCCCUCCGCUGAGGUCAAAGGUGACACCUUACCGGAGGUACCUGAUCAUGAUGGGAGGCGUGACUCUGUACUGUCCCGGAGCAGUGAUGAGGGAACAGUUGAAGAAGUAGAUCACCACAGCGCCCUCUAAGGCCCUUUCGGGUUGGGCUGAUGUUUGGUAUUAGAAUAUUGUCAAUUUUUGAAGGGAAAGAUCUCAUUGCUUAUGCACGGACUCUUUAUGCGUACCUGUUACAAUGUAUGUACAAUUCUUCUGAACAUCACAGAACCAGUUACAGUGGAUACUGAUGUAUGCAUAUAUCUCAUGUAUUCAGAAUUUUAACUGUUUUUUGUGACUGUAAGAUGCUAAAGUGGCAUUUUAUUAGAUAAGCUUCUCUGUUCUGUGUACAUUAUGAACCUACCCAACGGAACAACUUGGAGAAAUUCAAGAAAGGCCAUUUUGCAUUUUGCCAAAAGGAUUUACUUUUUGACACAAUUCUUGUUGGAAGGUAUUUAUUUUUAAGAUGUACAUUAGUUCUACACUCCUUUCCCUACCUUUGAAUAGUACAAAUCGUAUUAUAGUAAAUAGCAUUUAAUGAACUCAUUGUGAUAAAGGACUCAUUUUUUUUCAAGUGCUUAGUUCUGAACAAAAUUAUUAAUAAUCAGAAGAGUUCUACAUCUUGCCUUACGCACUGUGAUAAUCCAUCAGAUUUGUAUGUCUUGAUUAUUUGGUAUUUUGAAAAUGACAAUUUGUAAAAAAUUCUUAGUAUGGAAAAUCAGAAUUAAAUAGGAAUUCUGCUAAAACAGUUAUUUCUAAAGCUGUCAGUGUGCAUGCACAUUUCUUUUUUGGGUCAAAGUAUAUUACCCACUAGGGUGUAUGUAAAAUCAUAUUGAAAUUGGAGGAUUUGGGAAUGUUAGGGUUAAUAUUCUAUCAUGGGUAAUUUUGUAAUAAAAAUGAGAAUUUAAUUAUAGCCUGAAUCUUGCUUAGUUUAUAAAGCUGGUGAUAUCUGGUGUUGGGGCAAAUGGUAAGGACUACAUGAGGCUUUGUUUAUAAAGAAGUUGCUGAAAGUCUAUGAGUAUGGAAAUACUCCUUAGCAUAAACACCUAAAAAGCAAUAAAAUACCCUUUGAAAUAGUGAAACAAAAGUUGAACAUUAGGUUAACUGAGACAAAAAAGCGCAUUUUGAAGGUUUAUAUCGAAACAACUCCAUUGCAGGUACCCUUUAUCAUAAAGGCCAAAUUUGAUGUCGCACAAUGGAUAUUUCAUUUGGACAGAAAACUCUUCCAGAGAAUUCCAGAGAAUAUUAUAGUUAAAUUUAAUCAUUUCAGUGCUCUUACUGCAUUGUUUGCAUUGUGUUUUCAAGAAAACAUGUUUAUAAAAACAUGCUUAGCCUUACCUUAGUUCUCCUUCCUGAGUUCCUAGCAGACAAAUACUUGAGUUGGAGAGUAACUGACCUGUUUUGUGGAAAUGGAAUUGAAUGGCUACUGGUGAUAUUGUUUAGUUUCUAUGUCCAAAUAUACUUCAAACAAUGCUAAAGUCUAGCAUUCCUUUAUUAUCAUUCCUCUACUUAAUGAUGCCAAUUUAUAGAGUUUUGUUUCAAGGAAAGGAAUAUCUAUGCAUGCAGAAGUUAUCCCUGACUCAGUAAUAUAAGAGCAGGUUUAUUUUUGUAAAUACCUAAAAAUUUGUAUGUCUAACCACCAUUUCCUGUAUUGAAUAGUAAUACAUGUGGAGACUUUUUGGAAAACUAUUUAUGAGAAACGAUAUUAACUUUGAUGAAAAAUACACGUUUAUUGAAAAUUCUAUACUCUUGAUAAGUGUCCAAAUGGAAUCGAAUUGCAAAAAAGUUGAAAGAUUCAAAGUCCUACUGAUUUGUUUAAUUUUAGAACUGUGGUAUAAGACUUGAUACAUUGCUGUCUCCAUUUCAGUAGGGUCAGUGGUUCUUUUGCAUCAACAAAAAUGAUUUCACGAUUUCAGUACUUAUAAUUUGAGAAAUACGUUCCCGGUUAAGCUUGUGUACUUGUUACAUAGGUUCGUGGAGAAAUGUUUGUGAUAGUGCUCCAUUUCUCAGAGAAAUCGUUGCUCCUUUUCAUGGCCAGAAAGACGGGAGUUCGCACGUGCGUUUUGAACUGGCCCUACAUGAAAAAGUAUGGGGUCGUUAAUUUGGAAAUGGCAAAAUAUAUAUAUUUUUUGGUUGCAGACUCAUUGUAUUGUAACUUUGUGACGGCAGUGAAGAGUUUUUUAUGGGGGAUUUAAUCAUUGUUUUCCCGGUGAACAUGUGCAUAUUAAUUUGAUUAACGACAGUUCAAUUUGGGUUAGGCAUUGUAGAUUGGAAAUUACAGUGCUAAAUUUUCUUUUGUCCACUUUGGAAUGUUUCGUUUCAUGUAUGCUAGAAUGUUAGGACGAAAUGGAAAUAUAGUUUCAUGGAGUAUGUACAGGUACAUGUUAAACCAGGAAAUGUACAAACGUUUAAAGAGAUGUAAAACUUGGAAAGUAGGGGAAAACUGUAGAAACAUUUACUUUAGAAUCAAUUAAACAAAGCCAAUUAUUGGCCAGUUUUAAUGAGGGGUAGGUGAUGAGAUUAUAAUAUACAGCAUUUGGCAGUUGCAAUUGAAUAGUGGGUUUUUUGCGCGUUUUGAAUGUUUAAAAGUAGUUUGGCUAUUUUCAGUGGGUUUGAUUUCUACCUGUUUUAGCUCUGUUAGACCUGGGGAAUAUUCCACAGUCAUUGUAUGUGGCCUUGCUAUCUAAACUUGGUUACAGUUUUUUAUUCGAUUUCUUAUCCCUGUUUUUAAUUCCAAUUUGAACUCAAAAACCCUUCCACGUCACUGACAUGAAUUUCUGACGGCAGUUUGUGUUGAAAUAAGGCCAGAAAUUUGAGUCCUCAAAUAAGCUUGUUCUUCCAGUGAGGCAGGGUGCUACUUUUAUUUAUUUUUUCCCCUCCCUGUACUUUUUUGUUACGAAAGUUUCGAGUUAGCAGAUGAAUUUAUAUGUAUAUUUUAUUACAAGUUGGUAAAUAACACCGGUAAGAUGAAAAGGAAACGAAUGGAAAAUUUCUGUGUAUGUUAUACUAAUGUUCCUGAUACUUUUUAAGAAAACAAUAACUUAAGAAAACGAAGAAUGCAGCUUUUGUGCAUGAAAAUUUAUUUAAUUGUAGAGUAACAUUGAGUAGUGAAAGUGGGGUAUUGAUGCAUUCUGUAUUCCUUGUGUGUAAUUUCAAUUACGUUUGUGUGUAUUAUGGUUUCAUUUGCUUAUUUUUUCUAAAUAGAAUUAUUACACGUAAUAUGUACUUUUUUGAUAUAAUUGUGCUUCAGUGAGUAGAUAAAUGUAAGACGUCCACUUCAGUUGCCUUUUUGUUUUCGUAAAUUGCGUUUUAAUAAUAUUUUGUAAAAAUCCUUACCAUCAGUAAGUAGGUAGAAUGUAGAGGUGAUAUGUUGUUCUAAGGGAAAAUCACAGGAAUGCAGUUAUUUCGUAAAAUCUUGAAAAUGAAGAAAAAGAUAACAAAAAAUGAAAUACUCAGAAACAUAAGUAUGGAAAGUAAUAUGACGAAAAAUGUGUAGUAUAAAUGCCUUUUUGGAGAAACAUAACACGAAUAUAUUAAAGGUGGAUGAUACAAAAAAGGAAGAAUCGGAUUUUUUUCACACGAGUUAAAUAGUAAUGAACUGAAGCUGCAACACCUGAUGACAUUUCAAGAAAAAUGCCUGCACGCAUUAACGACUGAUAUUGAAAAUUGAAGACGAAAUUAAUAUAUUUAUAUUUUUUGUACAGACUUAAAACUAAAGAAUAUAUUGCAACUUCCAUUCAGUUCCCAUAAGUGUCCCAUUUUAGUCCUGUAAAUUUUGUGCGUGUUAGGCAGAGGUAAAUUCAUUUUGAUAUUUGAAUGUUUUGGGUUUAUGCAGUGCUUCACUGUUAAUGCAGAACCGCAAGCUUUGGGCUAUCGUCGGAACUGUUCCACAGAAAGACGCAUAAAAAAUCCUCUCUAGCUUCUGAAUAUGCAACCAAUUUGUAUUUCUUGCAGUUACUCGUGCACGGUAUGAGAAGCGUGCGUAGCUUGAUAAAUAGCUCGCUACUCUGGAUUUGCCAUGAUAAGUUUACUGUGUAAUUAAAUACCGACACAACUGUAUUUGUGUUGUAUGAAUUUUGUUUGUGUUGUAUAUGUAUUAGUUUUGUACGCAGGGAAUGGAAUUUAAAAGUGAAUUAAAGCAUUUCUUUCUGUUAAGUUGUACGUAGAAACCAUUUUGUAUUUCAAUCAAUAAAAAUAUUUCAGUUA